CUUGCUAGCGCCCGUCGAAUCGCUCGCGUCUCCGCGACACAAAUCGCUCUUAAUUCGCACUAAUUAACCAUUUAAACAACAAAAACAAUUAACAGUGAUCAGUGAAAGCAGUGACGGACCGCGUUCCCAAAAAACAUUGUUGACAUAGUGUUGUUGUUUUAGUGCAUUUGUCUAGGUGAGUAGUCACUCUUUGUGCGCGACAAUUAUCAUUCUGAUCGAUUCGGUGCGCGGGGGUGUGCAGCCGGCCCGUUUUAUAUCUUUUGUUGUUUUGUAACGCUAAAUCAAUAAUUUUAGUGGUGGCUAGCGGCCAUCGCGUUCUUAAUUCAAAUCGUUUGACGUUCCGUUUGCUUUAGUUGUUUCUGUGGCGAAGGACUUUAGUUAUUCGGCCAGUUCGGAUCGUGGGAAAGUUUAGUGUCAUCAAAAUUCUUUAGAUAAACGUCGAUACUGGACUGUUAAGGAUUAGUGACAAUGUGUUAGUGAAGUGUGUGUGUGAUCAUGUGUGGAGUUCAUACGAGUGCUGGAUGUUAGGUGUAACUGAAGGAGUGGUAUGGAUAAGGAGACGGGGGAAGGCGGUGAUGCGACCGCCAAGCCACCGCCCGAUGGCCAGUUUGAUCCAUCUGGACUCUUUGGAGCGUACUGGGGUCGAGAUGGCGGCAGCGGGGCAGCACAAGCACAGGCGCAGGCACAAGCACAGGCCGCUCUGUUCGGCUUCGGGUCGCGCUACCCGCCGCCAACCACGCUGGGGGUCGCUGCUAACCAGGCGGCUUCGUUGGGACUGCAUCCCGCUGCAAGUGCAGCCUGGUGGUCCAUGGCAUCACAUCUCGCGGCACAAGAUUACUUAGCACGGUUACAAGCGUCUGGGCUCAACUUCCCCCCACUUGGCGACCCGUAUGCAACACUAUCCGCCCUAUCUGGGGGAGCCAAGCCGAAACAGCACAAACAGGCGGGACGGAAUGAGAGGUCAGGCAGAUCCAGUACAUCAUCGAGUGUGUCGAAUAAAGAUAAGAGUCCAUCAACUAGUACCAAUUCACAGCAUAAUAUGAGUGAUUGGGCAUCAACCUACGGCUUCCCAAAAACAUCAUCACCGUCCACAAUGGCAUCUCAAUCGUUAUCAAGCCUCGCUUCACUCAACAACUUAGCGCAGCAGCCCUUGCAGAGUAAGCCGGUUAGCAAGCCUCAAGCUACGCCUAGCAGAAAAUCAUCGUCAAUGAAAGACAAGGAACGUGACUUGUCAGUGUUACGCAGCGAGUUGAUGCUGGCUCAAGCGGCUGCUCAGGGCGCUUAUCACGCAGCAGUAGCGGCUGCUGCUAAGGGGAAGAACAUGCCGCUAUAUCCUUUUGGAAUGCCGGGCUCUGAUAAGGAUCGUCGUGGACUCGACUCGCUUGCUGGAUUACCGCAUAACUUGCUUAGUGCUGCUUUGGAAGGAGGUGAUCCAGCGUCAGUGUUAGGCGGAGUACGACUGCCCCCUGAUACUGAAAUAAUUAAAUAUACCUCCUCAUUAACUGGGCCUAAGGUACCAGCGGGGUCAACGAACCGCGGUCGUAAGAAGACAAUAUCUCUGGACCCACCGCAUGUAUCUUUGCAUCCUUCAAGUGAUCGAAGCACACCCUUACCCAACAAGCGACAAAAAGUGGAUGAGUAUGGCAACUCCCGAUCAUCAGUAGAAGUAAUCAGGUUGCCAAAUAAGCCGGAUCGAAGUAACUCCCUCUCCGCUACUCCACCACCCAAUUUAUCUGAUUAUGCAGGAAUAUCUCGAGAAUUACUACAAACGAUAGCAAGUCAGAGCGGAGUUAGUUUGGCGGCUCUUGAGAGACAACUAGCGGGAGCUAAUCCUGCAGCAGACUCCGGCUUAAACUUAAGCACGAAAUCGAACACAAGUUCAGAAGAAACAGCCAUGGACCUCGGUGGUACUAAAUCUACGGAGGAUGAUGCUCCUCUUAAUUUGUCGUUGAAACCUACUCCAUCGAAUUCUCAAGCAUCGGACGCGUUGUCAAGACUGACGUCUCUCAGUAGUUCCCUUAGUGCGUCCAAUGAUAGAAUAUCUCGCCGCAAACCGGGGGCGAAGCCCCGUCGCGUAGCGCCUGAACCGAAUUCGCAGCCCGAGUGUCCGAGACCACGGUCUAGCGGCAGUGAGGAUAGUGAAUCCGUCCCACCCUGGCCCACCCGGGAAGGUAGACCACGUAACUUGGGCAGAGGGGUCAGCAAGCCUAAGAAAAAUACAGUGGCUUCGUUAUUAGCGCAGAGCAGGGCUCUAGGGCUUCGCCCCGCGUUGGCGCAUCAAUUGCUGGGGGAGACGGAUUUGGAAAAACUCCGAGUGCUCGUCGGUGAGGGUGGUAGCACUGACUCAGAGUGCCAACAGUCAGACAGCAACCCGUCUGAUUCUGACGCGAGUGAUGGUGGCAGGAAGUUGGACGCUUUGCUGCGAUUGCCUCUAGCUUUAGGUUGGAAACGAUUAACAGUAAUAAAGGGUCUAUCUCGGAACUGUAACAUCAAAGGCGACGUGAGCUACACACCGCCAGAACCGCAUUCGAAUGUGCAAAUCAAAUCUGCGCAGGAGUUGCAGAACUUCCUGGAGUCGAACCCGUACCCCGCGCUAUCUGCGGACAACUUCACGUUCAGCGCGCGCACACUGCUGGGCGAGUACGCGCAGGGGGACGGCGAACCCAUACUGUUCGGGGAAAAUGAUAUUGCUAAACGGCUCGAAGAAGCCCGAGCAUUAGCAGCAUUAGCAGGUCCCCGUUCAACACCGCCGCCAUUAGAGAGACGGAUUGAAUUAGCAAGACGACAACAGGCCGCUAGAGAUGCGAGAAGAGAUGCUUCUCAUAGGAGUAGAGAUCAGGCGCGUCUCGUCCGUGAAAUAGAGAGAUCGGAAAAAGCGGAACUAGUUAAGCGUGAAAAGGAAGUACGGAGUCAACAAUUGUUAGAGCAUAUCAACAAAAAUAGAACGCAGUUGACGAUAGAGGCGUUGCCAAUAAAAGACGAAUGGAAACUUCCAGAAGUAAUGAGCAAGCGAGAUAGAACUAUGCCACAGAUCAGUCUGUCCCUUAUCCCGGUUAGUGGCAAAGAUUCGCCAAUCAAAAGCCUGAAUUAUGAGCAGGGAAUGUGGAAGGCGGAUACGGAAGAAUAUAACGCGUUGGAUAAAAUGAAAGAUUUCGCUGAGAAAGCAGCUUUCGAUCUGCCGAAGAGAAGCGAUAAAUACUUUGAUUUCUCGUUAACAAAAACGGCGGAAAAGCGCAGUCUUCAUAAACCGCCAGAAAAAGAGAAUAAUCUAGAAAAACUGAUUGAUUCGUAUUCGCGGAUAUCUGAAUUCAUAAAUGGCUGUGAUUGGUCCAAAUUGCAGAACGACAAAAAGGUCGACGACCCGAAAAGUAUAGAACAAAAAUACUUGGACGCGAAAAAUGAGUUCAUGUCCCAAAAUCUCAUGUUGAAACCUGUCCCUAAAGAUGUUAUCGACUUGAGCGGAGACGAUGAAAACAUAGACAAUAAAAAAGAUACAAAAAUAUUCAGCGUCGGCAAAGAUGGAGCCUUAUCGAUUUCCGUCCAGCCGUUCGCAAGGGACGCUAGUCCGGCUAAGAGGCGAAAGCAAGAGGACGCCGAGAAAAUACGGGUCGAAGAGCAGGCGAAACGGCAGCAGGAGAGAGAAAUAAGGAGACAGCAGGCUAUGCUUCUUAAAGAACAGCAAAAGUAUAUAACUGAGGAAAGAGAAAGAAGACGGCAGCACACCACCUUCAUCAGACAAUUGGACUCCAGGAGGAGAUGGGAGGAGAGAGAGAGGAGGAAACACCAGAACCUUCUGGAUAGAUUGCUGGUGAAAGAGAAGAAGCUGCAGCAGAGGAGAAAGGAGAUGGAAUUACUGGCUGAAUUGAGAAGGCCGCAAGAAGACUCCUCGCUAUCGGAUCACAAGCCAUUACCCAAAUUGGAUCGAAUCCCCGGACUAAGAUUAGCAGGACAAGCUUUCGCUGAUCUAUUGCAAACAUAUGAAUUCUUGAAUAACUUUGGACAGGCAUUGGGCUUUGACAUGGAGUCCCUGCCAACCCUGGACACGUUGCAACAAGGUCUAAUACCAGAUUACAACCAUGAUGCGGAAGAUGAACUGGUCUCUGUACUCACCAAGCUGCUUGUACUUGCUAUUGAGGACCCCGGUAUCCCCCACCCGGGAAGACAUACUACGCUUUUGGGGCAAGCGAUCCGACUCGGUGACGUCACAGCACACAACGUGUCCGAAGUGCUGCGGAUAUACUUGUAUGCGUGCGCUACGGGGGAGGUCAAGGCGCUCACUGGUCUAACAGUAGAACGGGAACGCGAACGUCGCGUGGCCGACCACCAUCAGAGCGAAGCAGAGAUGCAACAAACGUGCGCUAGUACUAAAAACUCGGCGUAUUAUGAACAUUUGCAUAGCAAUGCUACUUAUAAAUUGUCUGAAUUACUCCGCGACAAACCAUUCGUAUCCCUAAACCCUACAAGCAAAGCACGCAUGCUAUCGCGUCUAUGUGACGAAUUGCUGCAAAGUAAGCUAGUGCUUAGGCAAGUUGAAGCCGCACUUGAGCACUUGAGUGUGGUGCGAAAGGAACGGUAUUUGAUGGACGCGAAGAUAAGGAAAGUACGUGUGUUACACCAAAGAAAGUUGCGCAGCGAACAAGCGGAGAAACAACAAGCUAUGGCGUUGGAACGGAUGCAAAGAUUGGUUGAAGAGAGCUCUGGGAUUGCUAGAUCGCCUGUACAUGACACGCCAGAAAAGCCGUCUACUCCCAAAAAGGAAACAUCCCCUCCACCAGACGACAAAGCCAUAUCACCGUACAAAGAAGAUGAAAGUGACAAAGAAUUAUCUCCUCUAAAAGAACUUAAAAAAGAAAACGAACUAUCCCCUUUAAAAGAAUUCAAAAAAGAGAAUGAACUAUCGCCUUUAAAAGAACUUAAAAAGGAUAUGAUGAAUGAUUUAUCCCCGUUAAAGGAAUUGAAAAAGGAGAUGAUGAAUAAUAAUAAGGAAGAGAUUCCGGAGGGCAAGGAUAGUGUUAUGGGUGAUGAUGUGUUAAGUGAUUUGGAAAGUGAAGGCACUCAGCCUGAGGAGGAUGAAGACAAAAACCUAUCCUCCGAGGAAUUAUCCCGAAAACUCGAGAAACUUCUGCGUCAAUCGGAACAGCAGCAAUUACAGUUGGCGGCCGCGUCACAUUCGUUAAGAGCGUCUUGUUAUGGACAGGAUAGAUACUGGCGACGCUAUUGGUGGCUCGGCAGUUGCGGCGGUGUGUUCGUGGAAGGCAUGGAAUCGGCUCAACCGGAAAUAAUGUCCUAUCACGAGAGACUAGCGAGGGAUAAGUGCAAACCGGAAACGGAGGUUGAUACUGAAGAAGAGAAAGAGAAGAUCAAAAAAGAAGAGCCACAAGAGACAGAAGUAGACGCAGAAGCUGAAGCUCUAGAACUAAAGAGUAUUAAAACGGAACUCAAUCUAAGUGAUAAGACGCAAAUAAUCAAGUAUGAACAUAACAAGAUUGUUUGUAAGGUCGAAGGGUCAAUAAAGAUGGAAGAAAAGUACAUUCAACAAAAGAGUCACGAAGAGGAAGAUAUGUUGGACAUCGAAGACUCCAUUCCCACAGCAUUCCUUGUUCAGAAACCGUCGCACAAGCCAAUGUUCGCCGCACAAGCUGAGCCCAUAGACAAGCCGCAGGAGAUCGUCAAACUAGAGAACCCCGCCAAAACAGAGACCAUAGACAAAACGGAACCAGAAGACACCAAAGACAAUCUAGUUAACAAUCUAGAGGAGUUACGCAAAAUGGCGGAAGCGGUGUCCUCACAAUUGGACGCCGCGAAAAAAGCGGAAAGCGAAGUCAAAGAUGAGAAAGAAGACACGAAAGAAGAAGAAAUAGACGCCCACGCGCAUCUCUACUCCAAAAUACUAGAUGGAAAAUGGUUUUCCAUUCUGCGACACGAAAAUUCCUUCCUAUCAAAUAUAAAUGAGGAAAAACAGGACAUACCCAAGUACUGUGAUAACGAGCAUACAUGUGCCGAAGUGUUAAUGUGCCAAGGUCACAAAUGGGACGUAUCGAAUAAUCUACAUCUUUUGAACGACCCGAGUUUGUUCACGUUGAACAGUAUGGUGACGAGUGUCCAAGUGCCGUGCAAUAGUGUGUACAGUGACUCCAGUUUGACAAUGUCCGGGCUGGAUCAGGAUAUGAUGGACGCCAGUUUGAAUGAUACGGUGCGAGAGACGGAGUGUAAGGAACAGGAGAACGAUCUAGAAAAAGAGCUACAAGCGGAUUCAGCCAAAGCGGACAUGUCCCUACAAAAGGCCAAAGCUUCGGGACUAAGUUCCCUCGGCUUACUCAACUUUAAUGCUCUAUCCACUUAUGUGACUUGCGACUCGCCACCGCCUAUACAGAUGUCGCCUGAGGAAUUGGACCAGUUGGAGAGAUGCAAGGUACACGGUCUACCUAAGAAGCUUGGAGGAACGGCUGUGCCAUUAGAAGAAAGACACGGCUGGUGGCGUAUAACGGACUCGGAGCAAAUGAAAUCGCUUCUAGAUUCGUUACAUCCGCGAGGUGUGAGGGAGAGGGAACUACAUACGUCGCUUGUGCAACAUUUACCGACUGUGAAUAAUAAGCUAUAUAUAGACAAAGGUGACCCCACACGAACUCAGCUCACAGCGAGCCCUUGUGAGGGCGAAUUCCCUUUACCCGAUGAGCCCGGGGCACAUUGUGUUGAGACUGCACAUAGAGUGGACCUGCGGGUGUUGGCUAUGGUGGAAGCCCUAGAAGAGCGUGUGCUAGCGGCGUCCAUGCAAGUGAAGGGCUGGCGGGGCGCAGGCCCCGGGGGCGGGUCCCCCGUGCAGAGGGCCAGGGUCACACUGGCGCAGCUGGAGGCCCACGUGGAGCGCCGGUAUCUGAAGCCCCCGCUCGUGCAAAGGUACGGGAGCACAAACGACGCAAAUCUGGGCGCCAUGUUGCAAGGCGAGCACGGUUCAUCUGCGACGUCACCUAAUAAUUCUGACGCGAGUGAAACUAAAGAAACAAAAGGCAUAGCCCGCGGUCUGUCAACUUGGCGCGACGCGGUAUCGAGGUGCAGUACGGCUGCGCAAAUUGCGAUGCUGUUGAACGCAUUGGAAACUCACAUUGCGUGGGACAAGAGCAUUAUGAAAGCUAACUGUCAAUUCUGCCUGUCCGGUGAUAACGAAGAUCAGCUCCUACUGUGCGAUGGCUGUGAUAAGGGUUAUCACACUUAUUGCUUCAAGCCUAGGAUGGAUAAAAUACCGGAGGGCGAUUGGUAUUGCUGGGAAUGUGUGAACAAAGCCCGCGGUGAGCGUGUAUGCAUCGUGUGCGGGGCCGGCAGUGGGGGGGGGAGGCUGCUGCCCUGUGCCUUGUGCUCGAGGGCCUACCACGCGGAUUGUUUGUAUCCGCCGCUGUUGAAGAACCCCCGCGGCAAAUGGUACUGUGCAGCGUGUAUAUCCCGGGCACCCGCUAAGAAGCCGCGAAAACCGGCCAAGCGUGAUCCGCGACAUCGAGAACCGUCACACACCGAUAUAGAACCUAUGGUACCAAGCCCGGCAUCACACGCGUCAACAUCUACAACAGCGGAAGAAUGUGUUCCCACAGUCACAGAACGAGAUGAACCACAUCCAAGCGAACAUGAGAAUGGACAUGCUGUAACAGAAAUAACAGACGAAGGUCCGCCAGAAAAGCGUCGCGCGUUACAAUUCGUGGCGGGAAAUGGGGCUCUACCUCAUGAUGAUACAGAUCAUGUUGAUGGUGAAGAUCACGAAGCAGAGAACGUGCCAUUACUGUCGCGAUCCAAAAAGGAAAAAAACUCCACUAAGAAACAAAACAAUAAGGAAUUGCAGUUUUGCAAGAGUCUCCUCUGUGAAAUGGAAUGCCACGAGCACGCUUGGCCGUUCCUAAUACCGGUGAACACGAAACAAUUCCCUCAAUACAAGAAGGUUAUCAAAAAUCCUAUGGAUUUGUCCACUAUUAAACGGAAAUUGCAGGAGGCUGGAUACAAAAGCAAGGACGAGUUCGCAGCGGACGUUCGGCUGAUAUUCAGCAACUGCGAAGUGUUCAACGAAGACGACAGUCCAGUUGGUAGAGCUGGACACGCUAUGAGACAUUUCUUUGAAACACGCUGGGCGCAGAUUUGAAGCGAUUUGUGGGGGAAUUUGUAAGGAAGUGAUACUAGUUGGACGAUUUGUUGGCGGAUUUGUUGCAAGAUUUGUUAAGAAGAACACUAUUAUUAUGAUUGAUCUGCGAGGGAAUUUUGCUAUGGACUAUUUAAUGUACGGAUGGAUCUGUUGGACAAUUUGUUGACGGAUUUGUUGAACAAUUUUGCAAAACAACAACUUUUAGUAGUCAACAGAAGUAAAAGUGCAACUUGUUGGACGAUUUGUUGAGAGGCUAGAUGUGAUAAUCGGAAUAUAUAUGGAAAGGGUCAUAGGGCCACAUUUAAUAAAAGAUUUACCGGGAAAUUGUGAAUAGAAGUGACACUUGUUUACGGACUGGACAUAGAAUAACAUAAAAAACGAUCUGUUGGACGAUUUGUUGCAAGAUUGAUCGUUGUGUCGAAUGUAGUCUACAUUAAGUCUAUAUAAUAUAAUGAAAAAACUACAUUUUAUAUCGACAAAUUAUGAACAGUUGUCAAUUUGUCGCUAGAUUUGUUGACAAACUCGUCGGUCAACUAGUUGCCAGAUUUGUUGCUAGAUUUAAUAAUAGCAAUGGUUUCUUAACAGCUUGUACUAAAUAGAUCAAUCAAUUUAUAAUUGGUUGAUUGAUUUAUUUCUGAUUGAUUGAUGUCGAAAUAGUUGUGCAACCGGGUUUUUUUUUCUGAAUAAUACAUAAAUGGAAAGUGUUUUCUAUAGUAAUUUAAUUGGUCAAUAGGUAUUUAAAAAUAUUGAGCUAUAGUGAUGACUUUUGUAUUUUUAUAUUAUUUUAUUAGAAAUAGAAAUAGAAAGCGUUUUAUUUGCCACCAUGUAAAAAAAAUAUAAAUCUUAAUAAUCUAACUCAGAAAAGAAAAAUUAUUCAGUUUAGAAAUGAAUGGAAAUAUACGACUUUAAGCAACUAGUUGUACGAUUUGUUGACUAAAUGUUGACUAAAUAUAUUGGAGAGAUGAGCGACUAUAUAAUUCGUAAACUUGUAAUAUUUUUACCUUGUCUUCAUUAUUAUUUUACAGUGUUGAAUGUAAAAUAAUGUUGCAUAAAUGGUGUUUUUCAUUGAAUAUUCAACGAAAAAUGAGUUGUUAAUUGAUUUGAUUGAAUAAAAAAAAGAUAAUUAAUAUAUAACUAUGCCAAAAAUUGUGUCACAAUAAAAUAAUACUAUUUUUAACAUUCCUAAAUACAAUUGUAAUCUACAACUGGUUGCACAACUAAUCCAAUAUUUGAAAUAGUCGACCAACUUGUUACGAGAUUUGUUGGUCGACUUUUUGUAUACUAAAUUAUGAACCUAACAACUUGUUGUAAUGACUCAAUGUUAAACGAGUAAAUGUUGUUAUUAAGAUAUUGAUAAAAUGUGACAAUUCAAUUAAAGUCAGUCAGUUUAACUCAAAAAUUCCUAAUGCCGGCUACUCACGUACCUGCAGCAGGGGCAAUAUUGGAAUUGCACACUUAAUUGGCUCCUUGAUUGUGAUGUUUAUAGGCAAGCAGGGGCAAAUUUAGAGAACAACUGAAAUUGCUCCGACCGAGAUUGUUUCAAUAUUGCCCCUGCUGCAGAUAUGCGAAUAGCCCGCUUAAAACAGAAAAAGUCCGUCAAAUAAUUUGUCAAUUUCGUGAAAAAUUGAUUAUUAUAAUUGUUGAAUUAAAUAGUCAACAAUAAAUGUAAUUUUCUAAUUGUGAAGCAUAUAAUACAUAUUAUGUUCAGAAUUAUUUACGCCAUCCGGCCAUACUGCAUUCAGCAUCGAACUUAGAUAUACUUAAUUUAUAUUUUUAUUUAGUUAACAAAUUAAUUUUAAAUGGCAAUUUAUUUCAAUAACAAUUUUAUUGUUCAUUAAAGCAAUAAUAGUAUGAACUAUUUUUAAUCUACAUUCCAGAUGUGACAUUUGAUUUUAUUGCAAAAAAAAAAAGAUUUUAGAACAAGGACGCGACAAAACGAAUCUCAAUUUAAAAUUAAUUACAUAUAAAAUGUAAUUAAAUCCACGCACACUACGAUUGUUAUUGUAUCUAAAUGUAGCUGGUGUACAUAGCGUAGAGUAAGUUAAAAAAGUAUUAGUUUGAGAUAUAUUUUUAAGCAUAGAUAAUAUAGAACGUUAAUUGACAUUCGAUUUUUUUUUUUAAUUUUGCAACAGCAACGAAGCAGUAUUCGAAUACUCGCGUUCUCAAUUUGAAUUUCUGGCCAGUUUGUAAAUUUUAUUAAAAAAAUAAAAUUAAAAAGAAAAAGAAGCUGUCAUUGAAAUGCGCGCCAAAAGUGAAGGGUUUUUUGUGUAUUUUCAUAAUGGAAUGUUUUAUUUGUAUAAUGUUUAAGUGCAAAUAAUUAUAAAAUAUAAUGUUUAGAUUAAAUGGAGCCUGUACGCAGUGCGAUAGAUUAUUGGCUCUGGUAGAAAGCAAUGAAAUAGACUACAUAUUUGAUACUUCUUAUAACGUUAAGUUUUCUAUAGAUGAUUCUUUAAUAGUUUCUAAAUACGCUCUUAAAUUACAUAUUAAAAUGACUUCGUAUGUGUUUUUUAUUUCAAUAAAUACCUAAUUAUGUGUAGUCUAUUUCAUGUUAUUUCCAAUUUUAGAAUUUGAUGUAAAAUUUUAAUAAUAUGGUGUACAGGAAAAAUUGGUUGUAGCGUAGAAAAGAUUUCGAUAGAUUUCAAAUGGUUAUACAUCAUCCAUUUGUAAAAUUUAAUGUUUUAUUUUUUUAGUCUCGAAUAUUUUACCUAUUUGUAAAAUUAAAGAGAAUCUUUUGGUUUUACGUUUUGAUUUUGUUUAGGUUUUAACGAAAAACUUGUUUAUGCUUUUAGACGUUAGUCGUAAAAUUCAUUAUUUGUAAAAUUUUCGAAUAUGCGAGUCAUUUUCUUUGUACAUGUAAGUUUUAUUUAUUUUGUGAUUCCAAAUUAUUAGUACUUAUUUUCUAAAUUCGCCACUUGCAGGACAUUAUCGAUUGAUUGAUUUACGAAAACAAUAUUCCUGCAUGUCAUAAGGGAACACUGUAUAAUAGAUUAAUUUUUAGUUAUACGUCAUUCCUACGGCACAAACGUGUUGAAAUAGUAUUUUAAAGUAUUAAUUAUUAUGUCUACUUAAUACGCAGCUUUUUUAUUAUACUCUGUGGUUGACAGAUACAAAAUAGCCUCGAUAAAUUAUUGAUAAUCUGUAGUUAGUAGCCUUUGCCAAUAUAUGUUUUUUUAAUACUGCCAGUAAAAAUGCAAAACAUAUUUUGGUGUAUCGUCCGUCGGGCGUUCGUGAUGAAUAGUUUAUAUGUUGUGUGAAUCGGUUGAUUUUAACUAUAAAUGGAUAUAUAAAUUAUAUAUACGAAUAAAAUAAAUAAUUUUUGAAGCACUC